CACUAUCCCUUGCACAUGAUUUAGACAACGCAUCUGAAGUCCAUUUGUCCACGAAGCUCGAGAUAUGAAGUUGUGCUGAAGCUAGGUUUCCGAUCCCACAACCAGUACAACCACCGUUAGGUUGAUUUGCAUUAAGUUUCUUAAUUGUUUACCCUUUAGUCCCCUGAAAGACUUUUGUUCUUGGAAUAGACUCCACAGCAUAAUUUAAAAAUGUCAAAAAUGCUUGAGAAACCGUUCUAAGUUGUUAAAAAUGAAUGUGAAUGUCUUCCCUGCAAUCCCUGUGUCUUUCCCUUACCCUGGCCUCAGCUUUACAAAGUGGUUUGUUUCCAACCCUGCAGCAUAGUUUGCAUUCCACAGUCAAGAAUGAACAUUUAUUUAUACAAACAUCCAUCCUUGCAAGCACAUCUCAGUGUACUAUCCUAAGGCAGAGCAAUAAACAUCAUUUUUCUUUCUGUUCUCCUUUGCAUAGCUGCAUUGCUAAACAUUUUAUCAGGAGGCAAUUCUUCAAUUAAAGAUUAGCACAGUUCAGUCACUUCCCCAUGGCUGCAAAUCUGUUAAAAAUGAAAGAGCAUUCUGCUCCAUUUCUCUACACCCAUUAUAGUUUUAGUACCCUCUAAUGAUGGUGCCAGUUUCCUUUAUUUCAAAAAAAAAAGAAAAGAAAAAAAUCUUGGUGCAGGUUAGGAUCCCAGUGUCUCUGUGUAUCUUGCAGAAACUCAAGCCCCAGAACCCUAGGCUUGUUUGUUCUCAGUUAUUCUGAGAACCCAGUUUUCCCCAAACCUCUUAGCAGGCCAUGGAAGUGUAUUAAUUAUUUCAACACUUGAAUGCACAAGCUGACAGUGUGAAAGUGAUCAGAGUGGUAGAUGAAACAGCAUCUGGCCACCACUGAGAAGGAUAACACAACUCAGAGUUAAAGCUCAGACAUUGUCUCUUUAGGUUCUCUAUCUCUCACCUGUCAGAUGGCAGUAUCAUUCACCGAAAUGCUAGCUCAUCACCUGUGUGCUUGUGGCAGCAGGUCAGCACCCAUUGCAUCUGUUUAAUUGGGGAUUACACAGAUGCUAGAUGACUACAACAGGCUAAUUUCAAGAUCUGAAUGCAGCAUAUGUAAAUGAAACUGGGGCCCUGUGCAGAGAAUUUCUUUAUUUUGUGCCUUUAUAGACAACUAUAUCUGCAAGCUACUCACUAUCUUGUCUAAAGAUGUCAAAAUUUGCCCUGAGCAUGAGCCAAAUUCUGCUCUUAGUUGAACUAAUUAAGAGCAGAACUUGGUUCCAUGUCUUUUAAAUUUAAAUCCUCCAAUGAAUUUGAUCAAUCAUGGCUUGAUUGGGAACUUUCUUAUCAGCAUUUCUGAAGCAGCCUUUGAAAACAUUAUGUAUUUAGGAUUUUUUUAAAAUGAUGUCUCAAAUAUGUAGGCGGAAUAUUGUUAAAACACAAGAGGUUCUGUGAAAGAAAGGACUACUUAAAUAUAAGGAGACAUUUAUCCCUUGAACCCCCAAUGAAAGCAUAUUUCAAAUAAAAAUAGCAGCAUGAACGAGAACAUUUGUGAUGACAUGUACAACAAUGUCAGCUCAGUUGCCAUGGAUCUAUCUAAUUUAGUGACUUGGGCACAUACUCAUGGAACUAUAUGCAGUCAAAUCCCAAGCUUGGAAAUUAUACAGAAUAUGGGACAUCCCACCAGGCACAAUUCUGUUUUGUGGAUAUGUGAAUCUGGACAUGCAUAUCACUGGCCCUGUGGGGCAUUAUACUUCAGAAGCCAGGAGGAAAGGGAGGAAGCUGCAGAACGGAAAAAGAGGUCCAGAAGCUAUGACUCCUGGUCAGUGGAACAUAAUUUAAGUGAAAAGAGGUACAGGGUAGCCUCGCCUUUUGAAAAAAAGAAGGCUGACUCAAUUAAUAUGGGAUCAUGUAGCAGAUCCCCAGAAAUAAUGCAGAAGAAAGAGGACACAUUUUGUGUAAUGUCUGAUAUAACAAUGACAAAAGAAAAGCAGAGUGGAGUAGUUCUUCAGAAAGACAGCUACUCCAUGAGGUCAUGCUUUGCUGCAGAGCCGAGUCUUCCAUCUACUGACUAUCAUGCCAAAACUGACCAUGGUAAUGAAGAGCCAGAAAGUAGGGAGGACCUGCAAGACAUCUCUGAUGAAGAAGAAUUUGAAACAGAUACAGGAGACCAAAUAUGCAGAAGUAAUUGUGAUUCUGAAAGAGUAUUCCAGAAUAAAGUAGUAUCUGCUGAGGAAGAACUGCAAAUGCACGGAGAUAGUAAGGUCAUUAGCAAAGGAGCAGCCAACCAGACAUCAGUUUCUGUCUUUAAAGAAAAGGCUGCAGUAAUUCCCUGUUUACAGGAGACUUUAGAAGACAGCCAUCAUAGGAGCCUGGAAAGCAACUGCUUGAAGUUAACAGCUCUUCAUCCUACAAAGUCCAAAAGCAAAACCUCUAAAACAGGGAAUUCCUGUGAAUCAACAGCAUCCAAAGAGCAGUUAAAGCCAUUUCCUGCCUCCAACAUGGAAACAAAGGCCCAGUUGGAGCCACCCUCAUUCCUGGCUUUCUAUGACACUGCACUCGCUGGAGCUGUCCAUCGGCAGCUCCAGCUGUGCCCAUCUGUGUGUGCCACAUCAGGAAUGGGACUAGCUGGGAACUGUGCUGAAAUACCUACUGAGGAGAGCAAACAGCCAGGACCACUGAAUGCUGCAAUUUCUUUAGCCCUGCCUACUCUGGAGAAUGAAAACUCUGAGGACAAUCUGCCUGUGUCUUCAAACAAAAAGACAUUGAAGAAGUCGGAGAGUAAGAGAAUUCGUAAUAUUGGUGAUAUAAAAAUGUUCAGAGACUGGUUGGCUUCACAUUAUCCUUCUGAAACGCGUGAGAUCUUCACACUGCCACCUGCAGACCUUGAUAAUUACCUAGCCACCUUCUAUACUAGAGUGAGGAAGCAGAAUGGCACAGAGUUUUCCGCCAACUCUUUAUUCUUCUUUCAGAGCAGCAUAGACAGAUACCUCAAGGAACACAAGUAUGAGUAUAGUGUGAUUAAAGGGUCUGAGUUCACAGCAUCUCAGGAAGCUUUAAAAGUAAAAUGCCAGCAUCUAGCACAGAAGGAGAGGGAGAGAGAUUGGAAUAUUUUGGAAAACCUGACAGAUAAAGAUGUAGAGGAUCUUCGUAAAAAGGGCAUACUGAGUCGAAUGCAUCCCGAAGGAUUUCUGCACCUAAUGCUUGUAAACAUCAUCCGAGGCUUUGGGACAAACACACACAGUCAGACUCCAAAUCUGUGGUGGGGGCAGAUUGUGUUAAAAGAGAAUGAGGAGGGAUUAGAGUACUUGGAGUGGAAAGACGAUCUGAACACAAAGGCAAGCACAGAAAAGUCAAUUCUAUGUAUUUAUGCCAAACCUGAUAAUCCAGGCAACUGUCCAGUCAGGGACUAUAAGGAGUAUGCUAAGAGAAGGCCAUUGGAUAUGCAUCAUGACCGCGAUCCAUUUUACUUAUCUCCUAAACCUUUGUGCUGCAUAUGGGACCAAAUAUGGUACUGUAGAAAAUCACUGACAAAAACCAAAAUGGAGAAAAUGAUGAAAGUCAUUGUCCAGCAAGUUAAAGGAUCUGAAAAAAGGUCCAUGAAAUAAGAGUUACCAGAUUGGUUUCUGCUGUGCCUAUUUUGGUACAAGUAGGAUUUUAAAUCAGUUUUGGAGUUGUUUAAAAUGACAGCAGUUAGUAUAGGUAGCAAGGGAACCCCUCUUCUCAGCAGAUUGCCCGAAGUACUUACACAAUUUUGUUGUUAAAUUGACUACCACCUUCAUUUUCAACAUGGAGGACAAUAAAAAGACCAAGGAUAGAAUUCAUUCUGACAUUCUGUUUACUGAAUUAAAUCUAAAUCCUGGAUUUAAAACAUUGUUAAUGUUCUAUUGAAUUAGCUCAGUAAUGUUAAUGUUGAAAGGACUUGUUUUUGAAUACCCUGGCUGAGACUUACAGGUAUGUUCAGUGGGUGUGGGGAAGGGAGAAAUUGAUCUUGUUGUAAACCAAGCUUGUGGUCUAAUCUGUAUCUUUUUAUUGUAAAGAGAGAAACAGGUGUAGCUGGCUUUGGGAAUAAAGAAGAAUGAUGAAAGAUCACCAGUAGUUGCCAGCUACUAAUCUAUAGCUAAUCAGAAUGUUUUAUACAUAAGUGUUUAGAUCAAUUCUUAAUUUUUCUAAAUGAGGAAGAAAUUCUUACAUUUAAGAAGUUCUGAAUGUGUUUUAGUAAGUUACCAACCCCCCAAAUGCAGUUAAUAGCACUGAAAAAUUUUAUAGCAGCUAUUUUCCUCUGUGCGAUAACCAUAGUCUGUAGCAGAUUAGAGUCAGUAGUCAAAUUCUGUAAUUCAGUUCAAAAGUUGUUUAACAGAUGUAUUUUCUCAAUGUCCAGUCGUAAUCGUUGACAUUUCAUAAUAAACAAAAUUUUACUUCA